GAUGGCAAAAGGCGGCUUGGAGGCUCGGGCUUAACUUGCCAGGGGAGCAGCAGCGGCGGCGGCGGGGAGAGGGCAGGGAAGGGAGCUCGCCUGCUGCCGCUGCCGCCCCUGCCCCUAGCGCUCGGGUUCCCUCUCCGUCUCCCCGCCGCCGCCGGCCAUCUGCCCUUGGAGGAAGCCCAGCCAACCGUCCGGCGUGAGAAGAGGCUGCAGGGAGAGACGCGCCCCGUUCCCGUCGCUGCCGUUUGCCAGCAAGUCGACCCAGCAGGCGGGGCGGAGGGAUGCAGGGGAGCAGCGGCAGGAUGCGCUCGUGGGGCGUUUUCUGGUUGCCCGAGAAAAGUUGAACUUGUUUAUCUCUUCGCGAGAGUCGCCGCCGCCGCCGCCCCCCCGGAAGCCCCCCGAGGAGAGACAGGAGGCGCCCUCCUCCAGCCCCCUCCCUCCUUUCGCCUCCCUCUUGGCCUCUGGUUCAACUUUUGCCCCUCCGGGCACCCGAGGCGGCGGGGGGCGCAGCCGCCUCCAAGUGGGGCGCUCCCCACUGCAAGCCUAGACCCCAGCAGCCCACCCUGACUGCGCCGGAUUCCAGGAGCGAGCAGCGGCGGAUCGGGGUGGUAGAGCAGAAUCUCAGGAAAAUGCCUGGUCUGUAGCUGAAAGCUCUGGAUGCUUCACGUGAAGUUGGCGAAAGGUGGCAUCAACCAGCAGCUGUUAUUGAUGAGUGCCUCAGCUGUUUGAAAGGAAAACUAAAAAGAAAACUCCACAAGCAUAUUUCUCAGUCAGGUGCCCAUAGCAUUGUUUCCAUAGACAAUAGCCAAACUUGCCAACUCAAAUUUUUUGUUUUAAAAAAGUAAAAUUAUUUUCUUGGAUAGUAUAUUCCCAAAGAUUUUGUUUACGCGCUUUCAAGGCUCCACGUCAUGCAUCUACACUAUUUUUUUACAUAAAGUAUUUUUCUUUUUUUAAAAAAUAAAUAAAUAAAAGCAUACUGCAGCGGCAAGCGUUUUAGAAAGAUUCACUCUGUGGCAGAAGAAAAAAGUUGAAGAAAACUUGAUCUGGACCCAACUGCAGGUCAUCUCCGGUUCCACCUCCACCUCCUGCGCUGGUCAAAUUUCAUCGCGGAAUCAGAACUUGAUAGCUCUAUUGAUUUGGCUGAGGAGAGUCACCUCUAGAUAUUUUCACACUGAUUUGGAAGAUCGUUUAUAUACUCCUUUCUCCCGAAAGAAAGGAAAAGAAAAAUGAAGUUAAGGAAGACUGUCGACUGCUGAUAUCAGCAAACUUGGGAAGAAGCCUGAGCUACAUUCUCUAAACUGAAUCGCAUGGGACCCUGGCUUCCAUAGUAGAGAGUUUUUCCUUGCCUAAAUACACUUACAAAGCUGGGACAUUAUUGGUGCUUCCUGGACUUUAUUAGCUUCCGUUGCUUUCUAUUAGUCGUGGAGAUUCCAUGCUGAUCCAGACAAGCUCCCCUCAGCUGGUGUCUGCCUUGCUCGAGACUCUUGGCCUCUCCCUUGUCCAGGAAUUCGGUGCUUGGUCCCAGCUACCAUGCUGCACCACGCUGCUUUUCUAUUGCACUGCCUCCCGCUGGUCAUGGGACAGUAUGACAUCUGCAAAUCCUGGGUGACCACUGACGAUGGGCCCAUGUGGGAGUUCUACGCCUGCCAACCUAAGGCAAUGCAGAUGAAGGACUACGUGACCGUGAAAGUGGAUCCCUCAGAGAUCACCUGUGGAAACCCCCCAGAGAGAUUUUGCACUCACGAGAACCCGUACUUGUGCAGCGACGAGUGUGACGCAUCCAACCCUGACCUGGCACACCCGCCAAAGCUGAUGUUCGACAAAGAAGACGAAGGCCUGGCAACCUACUGGCAGAGUGUGACGUGGAGUCGUUACCCAGAGCCCUUGUUGGCCAACAUCACACUAUCUUGGAACAAGAGCAUCGAGCUGACAGACGACAUUGUAGUGACGUUUGAGUAUGGCCGCCCCACUGUCAUGAUGCUGGAGAAGUCCUUGGACAAUGGCAGGACUUGGCACCCAUAUCAGUACUAUGCGGAUGACUGCAUGGAAGCCUUUGGCAUGCAAGCCCGGCGGGUCAGGGAGCUCUCUGCCACCAGCGCCAACAGGAUCAUCUGCACGGAGGAAUAUUCCCGCUGGGCGGGCUCCAAGAAGGAGAAGAAUGUUCGCUUUGAGGUGAGAGACCGUUUUGCCAUUUUUGCUGGUCCAGAUCUCAGAAACAUGGACAACCUGUACACGCGGCUGGAAAGUGCCAAAGGUCUGAAGGAGUUCUUCACUGUAACAGACUUGCGGCUGAGGCUCUUGAGACCAGCGCUCGGGGGCACCUAUGUGCAGAGGGAGAACUUGUACAAAUACUUCUAUGCUGUUUCCAACAUCGAAAUCACCGGCAGGUGUAAAUGCAACCUUCAUGCCAGCCUGUGUACCUUCAAGGAGGGCAGCCUGCAGUGUGAGUGUGAGCACAACACCACCGGGCAGGAUUGCGGCAGGUGCAAGAAGAACUUCCGCAGCAAGUCGUGGCGGGCUGGCUCCUACCUGCCCCUCCCCAAUGGCUCUCCUAAUGUGUGUGCAGCUCCGAACUUCGGCAACUGUGAAUGUUACGGCCACUCCACUCGCUGCAGCUUCAUCGACUUCCUCAACCUGGUGACGUGCAUCAGCUGCAAGCACAACACGCGGGGCCAGCAUUGCCAGCACUGCCGGCUGGGCUACUACCGGAACAGCUCCGCAGAACUCGACGACGAGAAUGUUUGCAUAGACUGCAACUGCAACCGAAUUGGCUCGGUGGCCAACCGCUGCAACGACACUGGCUACUGCGACUGCAAGGAAGGCGUCACGGGGCCCAAGUGCGACGACUGCCUGCCCAGCUACUACUGGAGACAGGGCUGCUUCCCGAAUGUCUGCGACGACGAGCUCUUGCUGUGCCAGAACGGGGGCACCUGCUAUGAGAACCAGCGCUGCCUCUGCCCGCCGGGCUUCAAGGGGGUCCUCUGCGAGCAGCACAAGUGCGAAGGGGAGCACAAGGACUGCAAUGGGGCCUCCAGCAUGGCCCUCAGCCCCUCCAUCUUCCUCUUCAGCUCACUGGCCCUGCAACUGCGACACUGGGGAGACCUUUGAGACCCACCUACAGGAGAGCCUGAAAGGGACAAAUUGCCCCCAAAGAGGAUGGGGAAGGGGAAGGGGAGGGGGAACACGUUUGAGGGCCCUCUGCUGCUGCCGGUUCUGCCUCCCACAGCCUCUUUUCCUAGCUCACAGGAAACAGCAAAAGGAAUAGAAGCAGCUGAGUCUUCUUCCGACCCAGGUUUAUGAGGACCUUAUCCGGAUGUGACUGUUGCGCUGCAGAGACCUCGCUCGAUAGAAACCAUCGGGGACGGAGCAACCACCCCAAGUGGGGAGGGCAGAAAACUUGCGUCGCUUCCUCUUUCUUUCAAGUGGUGACCGUUUUGUGUCUCCACUGUGCACAGGGUGUGAGGAAGUCUGCCAAAAACAUGCCAGGCACUUAGGGUUUCUGCAGUUUUCUUGUCCUUUCUUUUCCUUUCCUCCUCAAGCCUGUUUUUUGGGAAGAAACACUCCGGAGCGAGUCUGGCAGCUGAAGGAAGCCAGAGGGACUAGCAAGACUCUUUUUCCACCUUGCAGCGUCAGCCCACUCUAGCUAGCCCAGACGUAAAACUAUACUGUUGCCUACAAAUCAAGUUGCUGAAUUUGUUAAGUUUUAUACUUUUUAUCCUUUGGUUGCAGGAGUUAAUUUUUUUUCCGUUUCUUGCCCUUGAGAUCGGAGGAAAAGGAGGCUGCUAUGUAUCGCGCCAACAUGUAACGUUGUUAUCCAGGCUUUGCCGUAUAGUUUACGGUUCAGACACUUUUUUUGUAGAGAAUUAUUUUUGUUUGGAUUAUAAAUGUUCUAAAGGAAAAAAAAAAGAUUAACAAUCACAGCCUCUAGAGAGACAUUUUGCCAUAAGCACUAUGGUGUAAUAAUCCUACUACAGUAAAGCAAAUUAUUAAUUGCU